AAAUAAAAUUGAAAAAGAAGAAAAGAAAAACAAAAAAAAUAGAGUAAAAAAAUCAUUUUAAUUAAGAGUAUAAAGUAAAAAAAUUAUUGAUAAAAAACAAAUAAAAAUUUUUAAUAAAAAAUCAAAUUGUUAAAAAUAGAAAAACGAGCAAAAAAAAAAAAUAAUCAAAACGUGAAAAAAGACUUUUGAUAAGACAACGAAAGUAGUAGAAGUAGAAAAAAAAAAUAAAAAAAAAAAAACAAUAAAAAAAAUAAACCCAUAACUAUUUUAAAUUUUUAUUUUCUUAUUUAUCUUAAUAUUGUGAAUAUUUGGUGGAAUGGAUACAGGCUACGUUUUCUUGAAUGGAGACACAAUAAAAGUACCGACCGCGCUUUACACAAAUUUGCCAGCAGAAACUAUGAUAACCACAAAUAUAUAUGGGCAAACGGCACCAGUAGCAAUAGCAGCAACACAAGUUUCAACAGGAACUCCAGUAGCUGCAGCAGGUUCUGCAGCUGCAGCAAUUCCACAACCACAACAAAUUGCUUUAAUACCAACAGAAAGUAUAGAUUAUACAGGCAUGAAUGGUGUUAUAACAAUGUCACAUGAUAAUAGUAAUUACUAUCAACCUUCUCCUGCUGAAGACUUGAAUACUCAGGGAGGAGUUGUGGCUGUUGACAGUGUUUCAGCUCCUAAUGCAACUGCAACGAAUAUUGUUACCAAUAAUGGUCCAGCUAAUACGAAUAGUAUUAAUGUUGGCACUGGUAUUAAUGCUACUCAAAUUCCUUUAGAUCAGUUAAAACUGUUGCUAGCAAAUCAACUAGAUUAUUAUUUUUCUAGAGAAAAUCUCGCAAAUGAUACGUAUUUAUUAAGUCAAAUGGAUAGUGAUCAGUACGUUCCAAUUUGGACGGUAGCAAAUUUCAAUCAAGUUAAAAAAUUAACAAAGGAUAUAAAGUUAAUAACAGAAGUUUUAAGGGAAUCACCAAACGUUCAAGUGGACGACGAAGGGUUAAGAGUGCGUCCAAAUCAUAAAAGAUGUAUUAUUAUAUUAAGGGAAAUACCAGAUAAUACUCCAAUAGAGGAUGUUAAGAACAUAUUUAAUGGUGAAGACUGCCCAAGGUUAAUAUCAUGCGAAUUCGCUCAUAAUAAUUCAUGGUAUGUAACGUUUGAGUCGGAUGAGGAUGCUCAAAAAGCUUAUAAAUUUUUGAGAGAAGUUGUGAAAGAAUUUAGGGGUAAACCAAUUAUGGCUAGAAUAAAAGCAAAACCAAUGAUGAAUCGUUUACCUAUGGUACCUGUAUCAAUAAAGAAUGGUUAUCGAGCAACACCACCACCAACAGCAGCUACUGCAGUAUUUGAUCCAUCUGCUGCUGCGGUAUAUGCCGCACCACAACAAAGAUAUGUUUAUGCUACAAACAGUGCUGCAAUUGCUCAAGGAACUGUACCAAAUGCAUAUGGUCAAGUUCAUAUGUUUCCUUUUCAACAACAACAGUUUUAUCCGGGUAUAGUAACCGCAGCUCCUUGGACCACAACAGCCGCAGCAACAGCAGCAGCUGUAGGGGCAGCUGCAGCUGCUGCUGGCGCACCUACCCAUAGUCAAGGUUUUUAUGAAAUAGGUAGUGUUUUUUCGGCCGGUGGUUUAACUCCAGCACCAGUUGCUGCGGCCAAUCCAUAUGCUGCGACAACAGUUUUGGGUGGUGCUUCUGGUGGUACUACAACAACAUCUAACAACAAAAAUCAGUCAAAUCGUUAUAAUAGCCACAGGAAUAACAAUAAUCACAAUGUUAGAAAUAAGCAACGUAAUUCUUCCAAUCAGCAACAACAACAACAACAGCAGCAACAACAACAAAACAUCAAUACUGGCCAGGGGGGCGGACAUGUUACUGUAAUAUCUAAUGUUGAAUCGAACAUGGUUCAACAGCAUCAACAUCAAUCUAAUUCAAAUAUUAGUGGUGGCAAUAGGCAUUACCAUCAAAUGCAAGCCAAGCAACAACAGUCACAACAACAGCAACAACAGCAGCAACAGCAACAGCAAAAUAUGAUAUCAAAUCAAAUGUCUUCUUCAAAAAACUCUGACAAAAUUAACCAGUAUGGGGGAGGAAAUAUUUCCAGUGGCAGUCAUCAACAACACCAUUCAUCCCAUCAUCAACAACAAUCAAACGCUGCAAAUAUGACAAUGGCCAAUUCUGGUCAACAUCAUCACAUACAGGCCGCAUCUUAUCACCAACAGCAACAACAACAACAACAUCAGCAUCAACAACAUCAAACGAAUGAUGCCUCUUUAAAUUACAGUCAUCAAGAAGAUUCUGGAGCUGUAGUUAUUGUUCCUUCCCAACAACAUCAUCGAAAUAAUUCAUCUUCUAAUCAAAACAAAGAGCAAUGGUCAAGGUACAGACGGAGAAGACGUGACGACGAUAUUAAUUCUAAUAGCGGUGGUAGUUUAAAUUAUUCAAACAACCGAUCUGGCGGUGGCGGUCAACAUAAUGUUAAUACUGUGCAACAUGGCCAAUCUAAUGUUGGUUCAAAUCAAUCGAAUGUUCACAAUGUCGGUAAUAAUAACAAUAAUAAAGGGGGAAAUUACUCAAAUUCAUCACAUCAAACCUAUAAUUCAUCUAAUGAUCACCAUAACCAAUCACAACAAAGUCAUGUCCGAAUAGAUAGAUCCGAAAGGAAUGAUCACCAUCGAUAUCAUAGAGAAGACCGUGAAAUUAGGCAUGACCGUGGGGAGAGGGGUGACCGUGGUGCCGGCAACAAUAGUGGAAAAGAUAGGUCUCAACAUGCUAGUUCACAUCAUAAUCGUGGAGAUAGGGAACAUUAUCAAACACAUCAUAGUCAACAACAGCAGCAAGUUGUGCAUCAACAACCACCGCAGCAACAACCUCAAUUCGAUUUAGAAGCUUCUGCUUUUCCACCAUUACCUGGUUUAGAGCAAACAUCGGUAUCACCAAGUAACGCAAAUAACAGCAACAUAAACAAUAUUUUGCAACAAAAUAAUUUGUCAAAUGCAAAUUUCCCGUCUUUGACACAACCUAAUAAUGCUAACAAUUUUAAUACAAAUUCUGGUAAUCCAGUUAAUGUAAUUACUGGAGUAAAUCAUCAAGUAGUUCAGGCUGUUCCAAAUAAUUCAAAUAAUACAGGUACUAACAAUAAUUUUAAUUCAUCUACUUCAGUUUCUGCUAAUGUAGUCAAUUUAAAGCCAUCAAAUCACAUUACAGAUAAUAAAAGAUCUGUAUUGAAUAAUUCAACAUCUUCUGGUGGUGUAGUCAUUGCAGAAAACGCAAAUUCGACCAAUAUAUCUGGUAAUCGUAGCAACGGCGAAUCAAAUGUCUUAGGCAAUCAAAGUCAAACAAUUUCCCAGUUACAACAACCUCAACAAACAACUACAUCAAAUCAGCAAUCUUCCAGUUCCUCUUCUGUAUCAAAUUCUUGGACAGAAACACAAUCAGCAAAUCAGCAACAAAAAUUACAAACCCAAAUAGAAAUACGUAGUCAAAGUGGGGGUUCUUCAAAUAGUUAUAGUAAUAACAGCAACAACAAUUCAACUCACAGCCACGGUCCAACUGGAAAUAAAAAUAAAAAAGAUCGACACAUGUCCGGAGGUGGAGGCAGUGGUAGUAGUGGUAACGCGCAUAAUUCGAAUGAUGUUAAUGUUACACCAACUAUUGUGUCAUCGACAUCAGCUACUGUUUCAGAUAUUAAAUUAAACAAUAAUAUAAAUAACAAUAAUAAUAAUAAUAUUAAUAAUAAUAACAAUAAUAAUAACAGUAAUAACAAUAAUAAUAAUAAUAAUAAUAAUAAUAAUAAUGCAAUUAGUUCUUCUUCUGUGAUAAAGUGUGUAACACAACAAAAUGUGUCUGAUAAAUCAACAAAGACUGACGAGCCAGCAGCUACGACUCAACAUUUGAUUAAUGGCUUGGAACAUUCACAACAUCAGCAACAACAAAUAGGAAAUACAAACACCAUAUCUGCCACAGCAGCGGUUAUUAAUACAACUCAAAUACAAAAUAUUGAUAAUAUAACGACUACAUAUUCAAAUAAUUUGACUAUAAUAUCUUCAACAAAUCAACAACAACAAAAUAUUUCAAAUUCAAACGCUCAAAUAUCUUCUCCUACAUCUCCUCUUUCGCCAUCUAUUUCAUCAACAACAUCAUCUAAUACGUGUAAUGUAGCUACUAUGACUUCGUCAGCGUCGUCAAAUAUACCUAAUAUCGCGUCAAAUUCAGUUAAUAAUAGUGGAGCAAAAUUAAGUUAUGCUCAAGUAGCACAGCAUCAUAAAGAACGUAGUGGUAGCAGCAGUAGCGCAACAGGUGUUCAUAUUAAAGAUAAUAAUGGCAUCAAUUCAAGCAGUAUAAAAAAUAACGAUAAUCCAGCCGUGCCAGUUUUAGUCAAUAGUCCUGCUAUAGCAUCAAAUCAGAAUAAUACUGAAAAAUCUCAAAAUUCUGAAGUUAAAGAGAAUAAAACAAAACAAACAAACAAUCGAAAUAAUGAUGGAACCAAAGAUAGAGAUAAUGCACGGGAACAUCGCCAUAAUUCAAACACAAACCGUGCGCGAGGUGACAAAGAUCAAAAAAAUAUUCGCGAACGUCGUGAUACAACAGAUAGUAGCGGCAAUAAUAGUGGAAAUAACCGAGGACGAUCCAGAAAUUCUAACAAUUAAAAAAUUAAGAGAAAAUUUCUUUUUUUUUUUUAAGUUUUGCUUUAAAUAUUUGUAAAUUUAUAAAAACAAAUAUAUACAAUAAUUAUAAUACAAUAACUAUGUAUUAAUACAUAAUAUGUACAUUUAUAUGAAAUACUACACAACACACAUUAUUUUUAAUUUACUUUUUUUUUUUUUUUUUACUAAUUUCAGUGUACGUAUUUUGAUACAAAAAUAUUUAAAUUAUAUAUGUAUAUAUACAUAUAAAUAUACACAAAAAAUCCUUAUAUGCAUAUAAAAAAAUUUAAAAAUAAUUUGCAAUAAAUAAUAAAUUUACUUAAAAUAUUAAAUGUUUACAAAAAAAAACAAUCUUCAUAGCAAACAAAACAAGAAAAAAUGUUAGGUAAUAAAGCUAUUUUUUUUAUUUAACAUAAAUGGAACUUGUAAAAAUUAGUAGUUAAAAAUUAAAAUUAAUAAAUAUUAAUAUAGAAUUAUUAAAUAGCAAACAAAACACAGAUAUAUAUAAAUAUAUAUAUAUAUAUAUGUAUGCAUAUAAAUUCAUAACUAAACAGUAUAAACUAAUAAAUACAUAAUAGAAUACAGUACACACCUAAUAUAUGAAUACACGUGCAAAAAGACUAAAUGCAUACAAGGAGUUCUAUUUUAUUAGCAAAG